ACCUCCGAGGGCUCCAUUUCUUCCUUGUUGGGGUUUCUGCCUGUGGGGAUUGGGCCAGGAAGAACUGGGGGGGGGGCUGCUCAGCUCCACACAAGGGGAAGGGACCACCCAGUGGGGCAGGAAGCCCCCAAGCAUCUCCUUGGGCUGGUGCGGUUCGUGCCAUCAUGUCCUUGAACUGCCUGCCCCGGAAAUGGCCCCUGGCGCUGGGACCAGUCUGCUUGUUGCUUUUCCUUGGGGUGGCAUUCUUGCUGCUGCAUAGAGCAAGAGAAUGGGCUGAAAUACAAGAGCAGAAAGAAUGCCAGGAACUGAUUUGGCUGCUGGAAUCUAAGAACCUCUUCUUCGGAAACUUCCAGUACCGCAAGACGUCCAGGAAUCAGAAAAGGAUCCGUGCCGUCAAGAAGUGGGAUAUCUGGACUGAGGACAAGAAUAUCUUGGAGCACGUGCUGCUCACGGAGGAAUGCCAGUGGGACCCAGAUGCGGCAGUUGUGGCCCAGUACAGGGCAGAACUGGGGCACUGUUGCAACGCUUCCUCCUUGCUCAUCCUGACCAAGGAAAACACCCCUCUGGGAUCAAACAUCGUCUUUGGGAAGGACGGACGAAAAGUGCCCGUGAGACCUGAGCUGGUGGACCUGCUCCCUGAGAGAUCCACCUUCUCGGAAGUUCAGUACGAGCAUUGCGCCGUGGUGGGCAAUGGGGGAAUCUUGCAGAGGAGCCGCUGUGGGAAAGAGAUCGACCAGGCAGACUUUGUAAUCAGGUUCAGCUUGCCUCCCGCCAGGAAUUCCUCAGAAGAUGUGGGGUCCAAGACGAGUCUGGUGGCCUUGAACCUCAGCAGCCUGGACUCUAAGUACCAGGGCUCCCAGCGGAAGCGUCUUGCGGAUGCCCUGCACCCCUACCGGGACGCCCUCCUCCUCCUCCUCCUCCUCCCCACCCUCCAAAGCCGCGUCAGGAACCCCCCUCUGCACCUGCUGGAGGACUCAGACGUGCUGCAGCAGGCCUCCUUCUUGAACCCCCAGUACCUGGACGCCCUGGGGAGCUACUGGACCAGCGAGGGCUUCCAGCCUGAGUGCCUCUCGCCCAACUUCGCCUUCGUCAGCCUGGCUCUGGAGCUCUGCCAGCGCAUCACUCUCUACGGGUUCUGGCCCUUCACGCACGGCCUGAGCGGCCGGCCCUUCCCGCGCCACUCCCAGGUGCGCAUCAGGCCCAGCGAGUUCUCCUGCUACCUGAAGAUGUACCUGCAGGGCAUCCUGAGAUUGCGGCUGGGCAAGUGUCAGUGAGGAACAGGGAAAUAUCUCUCUCUGGGGUAAGGAGGAGGUUGCGUUUCCGCGCAGACUUCAGUUCCGGCAUGGGCAAGCCAUUUUGGAGAAGCUUUCGGUGUUGCUGGACUCCAUCUCCCAUCUUCCACCAGGAGCGCAGAGGGAUGAUGGGAAGUGGAGUCCGGCGAUACCGCUUGGAGGGACCCCACGGGCUUCUGGAGGAGGAACAGGGUUGUUUAGUACUACCGGAAUCUCCCAAAAUGGGGGGAAAGGGGUCCUUCCAGAAGGCUAACGUUGUUCCCCUGCUCCGUUUCUGAGAGUAGAGUUCUGUGAACAGCCUGAACGAAGAGCUGGAGUUGGACAUGCCCCCAUGCACCCCAGAAAUAAGCGUCGGGCAAUGGACCUCUAGGACCCAUCCCCAUAACUAGCCCUUCAGUCUAGAGCCAGCUGGUUGUCAGGGCUUGCAAAGCCCCCUUUCGACCCAGCUGCGUCUCCUUUCCCUGUUCUUGGCCCUCUGCCUUUGCCGCGAGUGGUCAAAAUGGUCUCAUGGGCGAAAUGAGUAGGGUUGGCCGGCUGCGGGGCCACGCAAACGGAGGUUUCCCUGUCCCCAGAUAAGGGAGGUUGUUGGUGCAUUCCUGAAGGGGACAGUCUCCCAGCCGCAGAGACCAGGGUACAAGGAACCUCCCAAGCUUUGUCUUCAGUGCAAGGGCGUUCAAAUCUCAGCCUCUUAUUCUGGCUGCUCCUAAACAGUCGGGAGCAAGGAAGCAGUUUCAGCCGCCGACACCGGAAGUGAGGAUUUUCCCCGGUAGAGUUUCUUGGUUUCGUUGGCGUUUGUUGUGUUUGUGGGAUGUCUGCAGCGGAGAGCAGGAACUGGCCGUCGCGCUGCCUUCUUCAUCUCAGCUCUUUGGGAAACUACUCAGUCCAUUUUGGAGCACAUCAAAGAGCGCAUUGCUGGGCGCUUGGGCAGAAAGUUGCCCUUGCCAGGGAAGCAGAAAGAUGCUUCCCAGAUUUAUAGCGGAGCAAUAGGUGGUCUGACCCCCCCAACCUGCUUUCCACGCCAAUCCUACAUUUACUGUGUUGUUAGUUGCUGUUUUACAACUGAAUGCUUUUUCAUGUGUUCUGUUGAGGCCGCAGGGCCCAGGUUCAUGUCUGUUCAGAUCUUCAGAAACAAGUGUAAAGAGAAAUCAGAGAGGUUCUGAAAUAAAACUUGAUACAAGCGCAGCUCUACUUUCCCCAACAGCAACUCAGCUUGCAUAGAACUUAAGUCUUAAGUUUACUGAACUCCGAAGCCUCAGCUGGGGUCUGCAAAGGUCUUUGUUCAGCUUC